CUGUUAGGCCCUUGAACAAGGCCCUUAACCCUACGUUGCUCCAGGAAGGACUGUCCUCUGCUUAGUCUAAUCAACUGGGUGUAAACACCACCUCAAAUUUAGACUAGAUCAACUCAAUAUUUAUGUUAAAUAUUAAGUAAGUCAACCUAAAAAAAUGGACCAGUAUGGGAAUUUUCAUAGGCAUUCAUACAUUUAGCGAUUCAAUUAAUUUGCUAAAUUUAAAGGUGAGCUGAAACUAAUUAAAACUGAGCUGACAAACAAACCUGAUUUAAUUACCGAAUCUAAAUAAAUAAAUACAAUGUAUUACAGUUUUUCCACAUGGGCACAACACUGACGUAUGACUUGUCUAUUUAUUGAAAGGACAUCAUUCUCUGAUUUGCAUUACACCAAUGGCUUUGCAUGAUGCAAAACAGGCCGUAUCAGUUGUACCUCCAUCACUCAGUUUUACCUAGAGGGAUACAGUACAGUCUUUCAGGAGAGAAGAGAACACAGUGCGGUCCUACAGUUGCAGGUAAGGUCUUUCUCCCUGCGACCUGUGGGACAUUUUCACCAUUCUUGGGGUGUAGAUGGGGUGUUGUCCAGUGCAGUCUUUCAGGAGAGAAGAGAACACAGUGCGGUCCUACAGUUGCAGUUUUACAGGAAAGUCAGCAAACAGGAUGAUCCGAAGGAGACUUCCCAUAAUUGCGGUCUUUCUGUUGGUGGUGCUUGUCAAAGGAGUCCCACCGGAUAUUACAAUGACAUUCAACAAGACCGUCAGUGAAAUGUCUAUGAAGUUAUUCAAUGACAUCACCAUCAUAGACAGCAUGAAAAAUGGCUUCACCUGCAGAUGGGGGAAUGACUCCUGUUAUGUAGAGUGCGCUAAUGCCACUUUUUCCAUCAACUUCACUGAAAAUGCAAACCUAAACAAAAAAAACAUUUCUGCACUUGUUGCCUUCAACAUCACAGCUGGGUUAUUGGAAUGUGAAAUCACCAAGUGCUUGAUUGAUCCAUUUAUCUCUUUAUUAAAAACAAAAACGGGUCCAAGGCAUCAGGAAGUCAGAGAUUUGAAGACAGCAUUGAAUAUGAAAAACAUGUGCUGCCACUUGUUCAAUAUUUCAGAAGUAAAGAGAGCCUACAUAGGAGUUGAAUUAAACCUGAUAAAGGUGAUAAUGCAGAUUUCCAGCGACGGAGAGGAACUCAUUUUCAACCUGACAGACCUGGCAGUGAAAGUGACGAAGGCGAAUUUGAGUAGCCUUUCCCGGACUGAGAAGUACAUGCACAUUCGUGCACCUCUGCUCUCUUAUGAAGAUAUAGACUGUACACCAGAAACAUGGAUACCGACCAAGAUCUUUGAGAAAAUUCCAGAGGAGAAGCGAAAAGUGGCAGUGGUGUCAUAUCGAAGCCCAGACCACUUUGUGUUCAACAGGGAAAGACUUCAGAGCAUGUUAAUUCGGGUAGAGCUGCUCGAAGAAGAAUACACACAAAAUCUGGAGGAGCCACUAAUGAUGAUGUUCCAGAUUUUAAACUCGUCUGCACAUCAGGCAAAUCAUGCCCUGGAGUGCCAGUUUUAUGAUGAGCAAGCUAGGAGCAACAAUGACUGGAGUAAGCAGGGCUGCAAAACCACCAAGAAUGAGAGUGGCAUCUUUUGCACCUGUGACCACAUGACCCCUUUCACAGUGCUCCUGGUCCCGACAGACAGCAUAGACUUGGCGAGCUGGGAAAUCCAGUCUAUUAUCAGUUACGUGGGCUGCUCUCUCUCAGCAUUCUUUACUGCCGCGGCGAUCCUGACUCACGUCAUCCUCAGGAGCCCCACUCAGGACCACUCGGCCAGCAUCCACGUGUCGCUGAGCGCUGCCCUGUUCCUGCUCAACAUCAGCUUCCUGAUGAACGAAUGGCUGGCCAACAUGCGCAUUAUGCCCCUGUGCAUGUUCAUCAGCGUAUUCAUGCACUACGGCCUGCUCUGCAGCUUCACCUGGAUGGCCAUCGAGGCCCUGCACCUCUACCUGCUCAUCGUGCGGGUGUUAAACAUCUACAUACGCUCGUAUGUGGCCAAGCUGGCAGUUGUCGGAUGGGGCGUCCCUGCUGUUGUUGUGGGAAUUGCCUUUGCAGUUAGAAGUGAGCCAAACCUGUUUUAUGGCUUGGAGGUGAUCACAGUGGGGAACAGUACCAGUGCACUCUGCUGGAUCACAGAGCCCAGGUAUUUCUACGGGCUGAACCUCAGCUACUUCGCCCUCAUCUUCCUGUUCAACAACAGCAUCCUGCUGACGGUGAGCAUACGGAUAUUUCAGAUGAGAAGGUUUGAGAAGAAAGACAGCAUGACCAUGCCCUGGAAACAGGCCUGUAUGGUGCUGGGCCUCACCUGUCUGCUGGGCAGCACCUGGGGCCUGGCCUUCCUCAGCUACGGGGCGCUCAGUGUGCCCAUGCAGUACCUCUUCUGCAUCUUUAACUCCCUGCAAGGAUUCCUCAUCUUCCUCUGGAUCUGCAGAACAUCCCGGAAGGCUAAAAGAGAGGCAGUUUCAAGAACGACGUCAUAGGCAUCACGCUCAUCGCUGCAGCCAAAGCCACAGAAGAUCAGUUUCCCAACCCACAACCCUCUGCCAAAAGGGGAAGAGAAUACAUUUCUAAUAUUACCACAAAGAGAAUGAUGUCAAAGAGUUUAUUCAACCCAGAUUAGCCAUUAGUUUAUUUCACCAAAGUUAUACAGUAAAUGGAGAUUACAUAUACUCAUACUACGUUUUAUUGCGUAUACUCGCAGUAGUCCUUUCUUGAGUCUGACCCCACAAAUGUGUCGAAAUCUAUCUUUCUGACGUCCAUCCAGACUGAAAACUUUGAAAACAUUCCAAAGGGGAAACUGACUGAAACUUUCUGCCACAUCACAAUUUCCCCUUCUUGCUGUAGCAUUGUUCAGGAACCGCACAGUGCAGAAUUGAUCAACAGCAGGCCUUUGCUUUAGUCAAACAGAAGAGGCCUCACUGUGGUUAGUCACAUGACCCUACACCAUGACAGUUUUUUUUUUAUUUUUUUUUAUGGUAGGCAGCUAACGACCGCAUAGCGUUUCUAUUUCAUCACACAUGACAUUUUCACCCACUGACAACCCAAAAGAGCGGAUGGCUGUGCGUGUUCCUUUUUCAUGAAGCGACAAGCUCCAAUAGUGUAUUUUAAAUACCGGUCGAACGAACAAUAACCGUUCCGCAUGUGAUUUUCAUGUUGCAUAUACAACACGCAGUGGGGAAUCUAUUUUCUGAAAAGAGUGUACACUGUAUGCGAUGCCUUCUUGUAUGCCUCAAUAUGAUCUACACCACAGUAACAGAUUUUCUGCCACUUCCUAUCAACAGGUAUUCCCAAUGUUACAAGGCUAUAAAACAUGUUUCCUAGAAAUGUAAAAGCACAUGUGGAUGGCAGAUUUUAGACAUAGUCUUCUGUCUAUUCAUCAGGGUGAUGCUAUUGAAGGUCAGGAUUCAAACUUCUUUGCACAGUCACCAGGUGAUCUCUGCAUUAUUAGUGUAGUAGUUAUACUCUCAGUUAUCACUUUAUUAGGUGGACUUGUACACCAGCUUGUUAAUGCAAACAUUGAAUCAGCCAAUCAUGUGGCAGCAACUAAAUGCAUAAAGGAAUGCAGAUGUGGUCAAGACGUCAGCAGACCAAAUGUCAGAAAGGGGAAGAAAUGUGAUCUGAGUGACUUUCACAAUGGAAUGAUUGUUUGUGCCAGACAGGGUGGAUUGAGUAUCUUCUGGGAUUUUCCCGCACAACAUUCUCUACAGCAGAGGUCGGCAACCCUGGUCCUGGAGAGCCGCAGGGUGUGCUGGUUUUUGUUUUCACCUUAAUACCAGCAACUGAUUCAUACCCAAGAAACCAGGUGAGGCCAGUUAACUGAGUAAUCGACUGCUUUAAUUGAUCAAUUAAGUGCUGAGUAACAACAAAAGCUAGCUCACCCCGUGGCUCUCCAGGAUCAGGGUUGCUGACCCCUGCUCUAGAGUUUGCAGUGAAUGGUGCGAAAAACAAAAGAACAGCAGUUCUGUUGGCAGAAACAUGUUGUUAAUGAGAGAGGUCAGAGGAGAAGGACCAGACUGGUUGAAGCUGACAGGAACGUGACAAUCAUACAAAUAGCCAGGCAUUAUAACCGUGGUAUGAAGAAUAUGUGAAGCAAAUGGGGACAAAUGGGGACAAAAUCUGAUCUAUGUGACUUUGGCCGUGGAAUGAUUAUCCAACUAUGUUGGUGUCCCAGCGAACAGUGAACAUUCUAAGAACAUUCAGUAACGUCAUCUAUUGGUUCUAAAAAGGUUCAACUGUGACGUUACAAAAAUAAACGCUCUUGGAAUGUUCUAGAAACGUGAUUUUACUUCAUCAUGUUUUAAAAACGUUACACAUAACGCUCCCCAGUUGCCCAAAAUCACAUUCAGGGAACCUACAAUAAGAUUCAUAUAAUGUUACUGCAACGCAGUGAGAAGGUUAAGAAACUUUACAUACAAACAUUCUAACACCUCCCAAAACUAUCCUUCAGAAGACGUUCCAAGAAUCUAAAACCUAAAGAAACACUGGGGUGGCCUGUAGCAUAGUGGUUAAGGUAAAUGACUGGGACAGGCAAGGUCUGGAGUUCACAUCCCAGUGAAGCCACAAUAAGAUCCACACAGCCGUUGGGCCCUUGAGCAAGGCCCUUAACCCUGCAUUGCUCCAGGGGAGGAUUGUCUCCUGCUUAGUCUAAUCAACUGUACUUUGCUCUGGAUAAGAGCAUCUGCCAAAUGCCAAUAUUGUAAUGUAAAAUUGUUACCUGGGGUGUCAGCAGGUUGUGUCCAUCUAUAUGACUGAAUUGAUUGUUUUAAUUAAUUAAAAGCUCAAAAACAAUAUACAAAACUUACUGUUGUAUUACUUGUAUUCUCUACUCUGGCAGUAGCCAGUUUAACUGCUUGACUCGAGAUACAAUGCAAUGACUGGAGAGGAAAUUUCGCUUGGAUGUGACAAAUGCCCAUUCACCCAUUGCAUUAACAUUAUCCAGUUGUAUUAUAGUGCAUGCUAAAGAUUCAGCUUGACGCAAGAUUAUUUUUAGAUUCAAUAGAUUCAAGAACGAUGGUUUGCAGACCUCAAGCUUUA